CUAUUUCUUCACCGUCAUAGCUUUCUCGUGACCUAGCCUGCCUCAUCCUCUUUUAUAAAUCAAACCCAAAACAUCUCUCCUCCUUCUCAAAUCGAAAUACAAUCUUCUCAAUUCUCUCUCUCUCUCGCGAAUUACGAUCAAGAUGCAGAUCUUCGUUAAGACACUCACCGGAAAGACGAUCACCCUUGAGGUGGAAAGCUCUGACACGAUCGACAAUGUUAAAGCCAAGAUUCAAGACAAGGAGGGUAUUCCUCCGGAUCAGCAGAGGCUCAUCUUCGCCGGAAAGCAGCUCGAGGACGGGAGAACCCUAGCUGACUACAACAUCCAGAAGGAGUCGACUCUUCAUCUCGUCCUCAGGCUCCGUGGUGGCAUGCAGAUCUUUGUCAAGACCUUAACGGGAAAGACGAUCACACUCGAGGUGGAGAGCUCCGACACCAUCGAUAACGUCAAGGCUAAGAUACAGGACAAGGAGGGAAUCCCGCCCGACCAGCAGCGUUUGAUAUUUGCCGGCAAGCAGCUUGAGGAUGGUCGUACAUUGGCCGACUACAACAUUCAGAAGGAGUCGACUCUUCAUCUCGUGUUACGUCUGCGUGGAGGCAUGCAAAUCUUUGUCAAGACCUUGACUGGUAAGACCAUCACACUGGAGGUCGAGAGCUCGGACACGAUUGAUAACGUCAAGGCCAAGAUCCAAGACAAGGAAGGCAUCCCUCCAGACCAGCAGCGUCUCAUCUUCGCUGGAAAGCAGCUUGAGGAUGGUCGCACCCUAGCCGACUACAACAUCCAGAAGGAGUCUACCCUUCACUUGGUGUUGCGUCUCCGUGGUGGCUUUUAAUGUCUCGUUUUCUUGAAAACUUAUCAUGGUUUGUGUGUGUUUGAGGCAUUAUAAAGCCUCUUAAAUAACUGAUCUCUCUUUCUCUUUCCGUUCUAAGACCCAUUCGAAUGUUUCUAUCUUUACUCUUGAAAGUUUUGUUUCGAAUC